GUUUCAGGCAGUCAUUUUCAAACAUCGGUGGCGUGAUGACUGUGAGCUUCGGCGCUGUUCCUUUCACCGUCGCGGCAUACAUCAACACGAUUCGCAUGAUUGCAAAAUAAUCCGAGCGUUCCGAGGAUUUGAGCAGCUACUUUUUGUGCAAUCUCUAAAACCGUACUGUAGAGCCAAUAGCUGGUGGCGAUAGGUGGAAAACAGUGCACCCCUGGCAAACGAGCGAUCUCAGAUCUGGUUAUUAGCCGUGUUGGAGUGGUUUCGAAAAGUGAGUGUGUGCAUGCAGAGACAGAAGAAUCUACUGAAAUUGUAUAAUAUUCUCGAAAGACUUGCUUUGGUCUUAAGUCUAGUCGAGUAUUAGUAUCGAUACGAUGAGUGAUCUUGCCGGCGAACCGAGCCCGAGCUCCAGCAAAACGCAUCACGUCAACGGAGGACCAGCACCAGCCAGCCAGUACCAGAAUGGAGGAACUCUCGAGCGGAACUAUUUGGAUCAUUACAAAAAUCUGCUCGGACCCGGCAUGAGCCACCUGACCGAUAUGACCAAACGGUACAGUCCGGCGCAUCCGUACCCGAAGGACGUGCACGUAACACCGUCGGAGUUGAAGAAGCUAGUCAUGAAUAGCGAGAGGAUUCAGAUGUUGAUCAGGCGGGAAUCGGAAGGAGAUUCUAAGAAGAAAACCGAAAUCGUCAACGCUAUCCGGGCGAUUCUGAACGAAAUCGGUUUGGACGAAAGUUUGCCCACCAUUCGUACGCUGGGAACGAUCCUGAAUUUCAUUUUCGGUCGCAUUCUCAGCGGCCUGUACGUAAACGAAACCAGGCUCAAGCAGCUCAAAUCGAAAUUCGGCGGCCAGACGGUCCUGUACCUUCCCAGUCACCGAAGCUACGGGGACUUUAUUCUGAUGUCGUACGUUUCGUUCUGCUACAACAUUGCCAUCCCGGGAAUCGCAGCCGGUAUGGAUUUCCACGCGAUGGCCUUCAUGGGUAGCAUCCUGCGCAAUACGGGUGCAUUCUACAUGCGCCGUAGUUUCGGCAACGAUCAAACCUACUGGUCAAUUUUCAAGGAGUACAUGCGCCAACUGGUCCGGGCAUACGACCGGGGUGUGGAGUUUUUCAUCGAAGGUACCCGAAGCAGAAGCAACAAGGCGUUGACGCCGAAGAUCGGUCUGCUGUCGAUGGCCCUGGAACCACUGUUCAUGGGAGAGAUUCCCGAUGUACUGGUCGUUCCCGUCAGUUUGUCGUACGACAGACCCCUGGAAGAGCAUUUGUUUGUGUAUGAACUGUUGGGCGUUCCCAAACCGAAGGAAUCCACCAAAGGUCUUCUGAAGGCAAUGAGCAUCUUGAAGGAAAAUUACGGUUCCAUUUAUUUCGAGUUCGGAGAAGCAAUUUCGGCGAAGGAAUACUUCGGUAGUCAGCUUGACCGACAGCGGCAUGCGAUGAACCCGAGUCACGUGCAAACCUUGUCCAAAUCCGAACUGGGGAUGAUUCAGAAUCUUGCCUUCGACGUGGUUCAUCUACAGCAGGAAAAAAUCGUAUUAACCACAUUCCACCUGAUAUCAAUUUACUAUAACUAUCAAAAGUAUCUCGGCCAAUCCAUCACCCUGCCGGAACUGGUGGAAGGGCUCAGCAGCAUGCUGGAUAUGUUCAAGGAUCUCGGAGCAAUCACGACAGUGCAGAAAACCGGUGAUGUCGACACUGACAACCAACUAAUAGAAACUAGCAUCGCCGAAGCACUAAACGUACAUCGAAACAUUCUACAGCUAACCUCGGAUCAGAUCCUGGUGAUCGCUACUACCCAUCACGAUUUCAACGAGGUUGACAAACGAAAACUUAAAGGACACAACCUGUCGGAUGUUGUCAUGAGAUUAUCGGUGCCAAUUUUCACUCUUCAACUGUAUUCUAAUCCUUGUCUACACUGGCUAGUGGAACCCGCACUUGUGCUGCUGACCAUCAAGAAUCUAUCAUCGGGUGAAGAAGUCCAUCAGGAUCAGCUGAGACAAGCAGUCGGAGAGUUGCGGAAUCUAUUCGCUAGUGAAUUCGUAUUCCACGUACGAAGGGAAGCACGAGAUUUCGAUCUAGCCGUGGAGCAUUUAAUGCGCUUCGGGCUAUUGAUCCGGGGGACAACGGACGAGAUGGUCCGAUUGUCAGCCAAUUCUAAUCACGGAAACGUAUACCUAAGUUCUAUUGGACCGUUUGUCUGCUGUUACAUGCAGGUUACAGCAGUGCUGUGCAAUCAACUUUCGGAACCCUUCAAAGAAAAGGACUACCUUGCCAAAGUACAAGAACACAUCGAACAGCUGUUGCUGAGGAAGGAGAAAAAUGUGCAUCCCUACUGUCUCUCGUUGGACAGCAUCAAUCUAGCACUGCACUCACUAGUCACCCUAGGGGCCAUCAACAAGACAAAAGAAAAUGACAUCACAAUCUUCACCGUGGACACCGUUCGCAUCCGGGAGAUCAACGGAAUGCUGCAGAAAUACUGUGACUUGCUACCGUUCGAGUAUCUGACCUUCCAGGGAGCGGUGGUAACGGAAUCCAAAUUGUAGAAUCAAUUUUCGCUGCCAGCAGCUGUUGGCCGCGCAUCGGUGCCGAAGAAUGUCUUCCGGUUUGUUCGGCUGACGCUGAACUUGCUGGUACGGGUGUUACAAUGCGUGCUACGCUUGAUGCGUUACCUUGGCCGGUGGAUUACCGAGCUGUUAACUAGUGCGAUCGGUUGGUAGUAGCAGACUGGUGGAUUGCUGUUUCUGUAAAUAAUGGGUGCUGUGUUUGAAUUUUGUUGAGGAAAGGACUGAAGAUCGAUCGAAAAGGGUGUUUGGUUGACAAUUAAUUCUAACAAAUAUGUUCUCGAAAACAAUAGCUCUAGGAUGCGUCCAACGAAGAGGAGGACAAUACGAUUACAAAAGUCAGACAUUAAAUUGUGAAACUGUGAAGUAUAUUGCCUAAUAUAACAUAAAUAGAAUAGCGGGUAAAGUGCAGUUUAGUAGCGUAUUACCAGUAAGAUAUGUAGUUACGGUACACAUUUUUAUUAGUUGUAGAACAUUUCAAACUGUAUUGCUCAUCGGGUAUAGUGUUAUAAACGUUUUUGUUUUUCGUAUCGAACACUGUA